AUGUUUGGGUGUAUAAUUUCAGCCUUAAGAGAGAUGAGAAUGAGGUCCUAAAUAUUUCUUUUUGAAAUAAUAAUUCUGUUAUUUGUUUUGGUUUUAGCAGGAGCAGCUGUGUAUGUAGAAAUAAGAAUAUUUUAUUACAUUUCAACUCAUUCAUCUGAAACUAUUAUUUCUAAUUUGGAUAUCAAAUAAAUUAACCAAGCCACGUCUUUGGUUUCGCAUUAUAUCAAAUAAAAACAUCAAAGAAGGAUUCAUGUCCUUGAACAUCUAUCCUCCUUUUUGAAAACCUAUUAAAUACUUACUAAUUAGUUUACUAAACUCAAGUCAUUGGAAUCCUGUGAGGCUUCAGAAGAGUUCGUAAUAAGCGAAUAUUCAUUACAAACCCCCAAAUUAUGUUACUAACUUCAUGGAGUACCUGAUAUGGUGACACUGCCUAAGAACAAUUAAAAUAUCUCCUUGCUCUAUAAGGGCUUAAGUCUCUUUAAUGAGUAUGAUCUCUUAUUUAGUAUUGAAACACCCUACUUUAUUUAAGUAGUCGACACUUCAGAUUAUAAAAUUGAUGUCGUUUAUCCUAUUGGUAUGUUGAUUAAAGGGUAUGACCCAGAAACAAGACCAUGGUAUGUUAACCACAUUAAAUAAAUGAAAGCUCAUCCAGAUGAAAUUUAUUUUUAUUCUGAAGUAUAUAAGGUGUUCUUCGAAUCGUUUGAUUACUAGUUUUCAAUAACGCAUUCAUUAUUUAAUUCUCAAUAGUAAUUCUUCGGAAUUGCUAAAACUAUGUUAUCUACCAAUGACCCUAGUUUUGAAUAUGUUUUGUACAAUAUCAUACUGAUCAAUUAUGCUGGUUAAGUAUUGUAUAAUGGUAUGGAAAUGGGGUAAAACCUUACAGACAUAUUUUAUGUUUUUAAUGAAACAAUCACUGGCUUUAAUGAGACAGAUUGGUAUCAAAUAGAGGAACAUGCAACCUAUAGAUUGGGCGGAGAUAAUCCUAAUUAGAUAUUAAUUUUGUAUAAUAAAUAUUUUUAAAAAUAUGUACAUGUGCAAAGUGAAAAAUUCAAAAAAGAAAAUUUUACACUGAUAAUGUAUAUUGUUAAAUUGCUAUAUUAGAUUUACGAAUGUGAGUUCAAUUAAAAUUAUGGAAAAAUAGUUUUAGGAAACUGA